UUGCACUUUCUCAGGCGGCGCGUCGGAAAAUGCAUCCCCACGGCCGGGUUCAUUUGUGCGCCGCGUGUCGGUUAGAUGGCGCGUCCUUUCGACGCGAUUAAAAUGGCCGAAAAUUGAUUUUUUACCGUGUUCGUCCCCCGAUCACGAUUCCCCUUUCUCAUGCUCGCGGGGUCACAGGUAUACUGUGUCACAGGUAUCUCGCCAACGACGAGUGGACGAAGCGGCGACGGCGGACGUCGGCGGACGUUCGAUCGGCCGAUCGUGACAGUUCGCGGUAAUUUCGCUUCGAAUUUCGGCGAAUACCGCGCGCGAUCUUGACGUUCCGAUCAGUGGCUCCAGUGCAGGCUCCAGCUGACUCCAGCUCCAGCUCCGCGUGGAUCUCGCCCGUUGCCCGCCCUUCCCCGUUCUCGCGUACCCCGAGCGCCAAAUGAGUACCCGGAGGAGUAUGCGGAGCCAGCACAAUUGCGUUCUGUGCGACUCGAAGCUCGACUCCAAGGAGGCAUUGCAAGAACACUUUAGGAAACAUGCAAAUAAGGAGAUAGACAUGCGUGGGCUGCCGAUGAGGAGCAGAACCAAGGUAGACACUCAGUGCGACAUAUGUAAUAAGUCGUUUGAUUCGAUACCAGCAACGAUAAGGCACAGGUUUAAGGUACACUCCAAUUCGUCGACCAAGUUCUAUUGUUCCUAUUGUGGAAUGCAGUUUCCUUUAAAGAAUCACAGGGAUAAUCAUCAGAUGUCGCAUGACGCGACUGAAAGCGAGAAUAAAGAUCUACAUAGAAAAUGCGAGGAGUGCAACGUGAUAUUCUACAACGAAAAGGCACUGAAUUACCAUCAUCGUUCCUUUCAUAAAAGAAUGGUAUACAUGUUCCAACCGAUAGCCACUCCUCCGCCCAGCAACAAGAUCAAAUUGAACUCUAUGAACGACGCGUUGAGCGUAUAUUAUUGUCAUUUGUGUGGCGUCGAGUACGUUGUAAAGUUCAACUUGCAACAGCACCUAGAGAAGAUGCACACGGAAAAAGAAAGGGAGUCUAUGCCGGAGGAUUUGAUCAAGUGUACGGUGUGCGCAGCCUUGUUUUGCAACAAGAAGGCUUACAACGUUCACAACAAUUACCAUCAGCCGGAUGAUUUAUACGUAACUUCCGAGCAACAGAGAAUGCAGACAGUGACCAAAAUUGAUCAGGACUUCGACAUUAGGAGAGUGGAAUCUACGGCUGAGAAAUAUAUACCGCGAUCUAAUCUAUUUAAGAGGACGAUUAAGGAGAGGACAAAGCCGGACAAAAUGCCGAAGACAGAAAUUAAGAUAGAGAUAAAGAGAGAAAGGUCCAUAUCCUUGGAUGAUCCUGUGAGUACCAUCGAGUCCAGUGAUUCCGAAAGCGACGUCCCGUUGGAGCAAAGGAUCGCCAGCUAACGGAGGUUUUUCUUUCCGAUCACAAAAGAUUAUCCCUAUCUCUGCCUUGAGGGAACUUUGUUAUACGAGAGAUUUACAAACUACUGCUGCAAUCGUGAUAGUUGUCAAAUCUAAUUUCUCUUUCUCUUUACAAUUGUUAUUAUAUAUGCAUAUUAUACAAGUUAAGGAGAUGUGACAUUGUAGAAUGGCAGUUGUAUAUUCUUUUUUGUUUUUUAUGGCACGGAUUGCGUUCAAAAAUUACAAUUGUAAUAACUGAAUGUUAUUGACUAAUUAUGAAUGUGAAGUACUGGACGAAAUUUUAUAGUAGGAAGAGAGUAAUUACGACAAUUUGCUAAUUAAUUCUUGAAUAAUUGUGUAGAUGUGUGUUUAUGUAUAUUAUACUAAAUAUAUAUACAUAGACCACAUAUACAGGGUGUCUAAUAAGUACCGUGUCACCUCGUGGACAGCUUUCAGUGUCACACGUGUCGUUCGUGUCGUUCACAGAGGCCUCCCAACGCCUCAUCGCGCGCGUAGCAAAAAACUGGGCUGUUUUUUCUCGUCGAAUCGCAUGGACGCACACUGAUGUGUGGAUCUUUAAUUGAGAAAACUUACAAAACGAUAAAAGACUUUUAUUCAGUUUAACGCACUCUACCCACGAAAGGUAGCAGGUGACACGGUAAUUACCAGACACCCUGUGUAUUAUAGAUACAUUAUACAUAUUUAUAUACUGCGUUUGAUGAAAGAUAUCUUCUGAGCAUGAUUGGUUAUAUUUUUUUAUUUUUUUAUUACGGUGUGCAUGUUUAAUGCGCGAUACGAACACGUUUUAUUUGCUGUUUUCCUCGUCCUUUUCACGCAAUUUGUAUCAAAUUUUUAUGUACAAAUAUAUAUAUAUAUAUACAUAUACGUAUAGAUCCAGAAA